GGCACUCCGGUUUCCUCCCACAUCCCAAAAAACAUGCAUGAAUUUGAGACUCUAAAUUGCCCGUAGGCAUGACUGUGAGUGCGAAUGGUUGUUUGUUCCUAUGUGCCCUGCGAUUGGCUGGCAACCAGUUCAGGGUGUACCCCGCCUCAUGCCCGAUGACAGCUGGGAUAGGCUCCAGCACCCCCGCGACCCUAGUGAGGAGAAGCGGCUCAGAAAAUGGAUGGAUGGAUGGAUGAUAUAUCUGAAACAUGGGACUAGGCAAUAUCCCAACCGGUGUAUGCAACAGGUAAUUGGACAUUCUCAUACUUCAUGUAUCAGAAUGGGUCACAGCAUGCUUUAAAACGGGUGGUGUGGUGAUGGCAUUAAAAGUGAUGAAGGUCUUUUUUGGGUUGGCUAUAACGGCUUUUCAUCUGUUAUUAUUUCCACGGACAACUCCGUAAUGUUUCUUUCAUGGUUUCUCAGUAGGUAUCCGGAAGAAAUCUCGCGUUCCCGGAGUGAUGAUUACGCAGUUCAUGGAGACACUGCCAGAGGGAAAGAGCCAUCCAGACUUUACCCGCAAGCCAAUCGCUUUGACCAUCCAAGAAGGGAAAUUUGCUUUCUUUAAAGCUAUUGUCACCGGCGAUCCUAAACCCACUGUGGCAUGGAGCAGAAAUAAUGGAGAUGUGUCUGACACUUCAAAAUAUCAGAGCAAAUAUGACGCCAACUCCAAUGAGCAUACUUUUGAGGCAAGUGAAACAAACAGCUAACUAGCCCAAAUUGUUAUUUCAUUUUCUGAUGACUAUGUUCUCGGUAAUUAUGUUGAAGAUCCCCUUCAAAACUCACUGCGGUAGAACAAUUCAAACAAAAGCCAUAAAGGAUGCCAUUCAUUACAGCGAUGAUGGCGUGAAACGCACUGGAUCGCUCAGCACCUAUUAUGUUCUUAAUGCUUCAGAUGCCAAAUGUCACAGCGGCUCAAGCGGACACAUACAAAUGUUUUGCGACCAAUGAAUUCGGACAAGCCGUGGUCACAGUUGUUCUGAAUGUUAUUGAAGUUGGCUACAAAAAGAACAAACCCCAGCAAACUGUAAAAGAACCCAUUAGCGGUUUUAAGAAAGUACUAAGAAAAAGUAAAGUACGUCCAAAAUCAGAGCAAACGGAGAAGAAGGACGGGGAGUUGGAUCCUAAAUUUUGGGAGCUGUUGCUUAGCGCUGACAAGAAAGACUACGAGAGACUCUGUGCAGAGUACGGAGUGACUGAUUUUCGCUGGAUGCUGAAGAAACUCAAUGAAAUGAAGAAGGAACGGGAGGAGGAACAAGCUGAGUUUGUCAGGAAUAUAUCCUCCCUGAGACAUAUUCGGGUGAAUGCGGACGGCACUGCGUCAUUUGAAAUUGACAUGGACCUUAUUGAACAGAGCCACUCAAUAUUCCUGUACAAGGAUGGUGAAAUGAUUCCUUACACAAAAGAGUUGGGAGACACCAUGAAGCACAGUCUGAGGAAAGUAGGGAGAAAGUAUAUUUUCAGCAUGAGGGAUCUCAGGCCAGAAGACGGCGGAUUCUACCAGUUGGAUGUAGAAAAUGUGAACAUAUUUUCCACAGAUUUUAAAAUUCCCAUGGUUGAUUUCGUGGUGAAAAUUCAGGAAGUGAAGGCGCAAGAGAGAGAAGACGCCGUAUUCGAGUGUGUCCUUUCGAUUCCUCUUGCCAAGAUUUCAUGGUUUGGCAAGAAUCUGCCCUUGGAGCAAGGAGACAAAUACGAUAUUGAGGUUUCUGAGGACAAGCUCAUUCACAGGCUGGUGGUCAAAGAUUGUAUGGUCAUAGACAAAGGCAUUUAUUCUGCCUGUGCGGGAAUAAAAUCAUGCAAUGCCUGGCUUGUUGUAGAAGCUGAUAAAGACACAGAUAAGGGAAAGAAGUCGGUAAGGAAGACAACAAAGGCAGGGGGAUCUGGUAUCAACCUGCAAAAGGUGGCCCAAGAGCAACACGAAAAGUUGGAAAAACAGAAAGAGGAACUGAAAGAACAAAUCAAAGCUGUACCCCCACCCGAACCCCCCAAACCAAUUCAGGAAACGACUGUAAAGCCUGAGCCAGCACCUGCACCUGAAACUAACGAGUCUGUGAUUACCUGUGGACUCUCUGAUAUUUACUGUCUACGUGGGAAGUCAGCCGAACUCAAAGUCACGAUGAACAUGGACUGCGCUGGCACCUGGUUUAAAGACGGACAGCCGCUAAGCGCUGGUGCUGGGAUCAGCAUAAGCAAAGAUUCCACCUCUCACAUGCUGACUUUUAAAAACUGCCAAGAUGACAACUCAGGCGUCUACCGCUUUGUAUCAGGGGAUCAGAGUACGCAAGGAAAGGUCACCGUCGGAGACGUACCGGAAUUUGACCCGGAUGACCUUCACAAGUUCUGCAAGCCGUUGACAGUGAGAGUGGGCCAGAACGCCACCUUCAAGAUGCCCUUUGCGCCUCAGGAGGCUUUGAUUGUUAACUGGUCUAAGAACGGCACAGACGUUAAAGACGGAGGAGGAGUAAAGAUUGUGAGAGAGCCCAAUCACAGCCGCCUGCUCUUUAGAGACUGCCUCAGGGGAGACGCGGGGGAAAUUACAAUCCAGCUUAAAACCCCGUUCGGGGCCGCCGAGGCAACCUCUCAGCUUUUUGUGCUCGAUCGUCCAGGUCCGCCGGAGGGUCCGGUGGAAACUCUUGAGACAACUUCAUCUCUAAUUGAGAUCGAAUGGAAACCUCCCAAAGAUAACGGUGGCUGCCCCAUCACCAACUACGUCAUUGAGCGCCAGCAGGAGGGCCACAGUCUGUGGACCAAACUCGGACAUGUCUCCGGUGACAAGACUACCUUUAGGGACAGGAAUGUGACCCACGGGAAGAAGUACAGCUAUCGCAUCUACGCGGAGAACUCAGAAGGCCUUGGCGACUCCCUGGAGACAGCUGAUAGCAUUAUGGCUGGCAUCAUGAUACUUUCUGGGCCACCUGGCGCCCCCCAAGUGGUCAGCACCUCAAAGACCUGUAUCACUUUGAUGUGGACCCCACCUGAGGAUGACAGAGGAGUGCCCGUCAUCGGUUAUCAACUGGAGAAACGGAAAAAGGACACAAAUCAGUGGAUUUCCUUGAACGCUGUGAAUGAACCGAUUGAAGAUGUGAACUAUGCAGUUAAAGAAAUCACUGAGGGAGCAGAGUACGAGUUCAGGGUUCUUGCAAUUAAUGAGUCUGGAGCCGGGGAUCCGAGCCCCCCUUCUGCAAUGGUGUGUGCAAAGAAUCCCAACAUGAGGCCUUACUUCAAAGACCCAGAGGACUUCAUUGUUGUCAGAGCAGGAAAUUCAGCACGAGUAAAAAUUCUCUAUGAGGGUGAACCCCCACCGGAGAUCACAUGGCUCAAGGACGAUGAACCGUUACCCCCAUGGAUAAAAAUCAUCAAUUCUGAGGGAAUGUCCCAACUUGUUAUUCCUUCAUCUAAGCGCUCAGACUCCGCCAUCUACACUAUCAUAGCCAAAAAUUCUGUGGGGCAGGCUUCCUUUGAUGUUGAGGUUAGAGUUACAGACGAACCAAAGAGCCCAGGGCCAGUGGAACUCGAGCAAACAGUCCAUGGAAAAGUGGUGAUAACAUGGGUUCCAUCGCCAGACCAGGAGCUUGAUGACAGACUUUACUACACGGUGGCUCAACGCGACUCCAACACCAGGGUGUGGAAAACUGUUGCAGACCGCCUAUCCACUAACACGCACACAGUUAACAACAUUCUUCCUGGGCUGGAAUACCAUUUCCGGAUCUUCGCCAAGAAUGACAUGGGACUGUCAGAUCCAUCGCAGUCACCAACAUGGGGAAUGAAUAGCAACAGAGUUCCAAUUACGUACAAUGGAAUCAACUCAACGCAUAUCAGCUUUGAGAGGCCCCCGUCCAUCUUGGUCCCUCUGAAGGUGCACGCACCACCUAAAGGUUACCAGGUCUACAUGACAUGUGCCGUGCGAGGGUUCCCAACGCCCACAGUGUCCUGGUUCCUAAACGACCAGUGUAUCAACUCGGACAGCAACUACUACAUCACCAACUCUUUUGGCGUAUGCUGCAUGUAUAUUCUCAGAGUGCGGCAAAAGGACAGCGGAGAAUACAAAGUUGUUGCCGUCAACUCAUUUGGCAAGGCAGAAUGUUCCACUAAACUCAUUGUUAAAGAAUGAAUCAACAGGAGGGCCUUAUCUGGGAAGUCGCGUUAUUUCAGAAUAAAAGUACUUAAAGUAAAAAAGAAAAACAGAACGUAAACUGAAAUCAUUUCAAUAUUAACUUAUUUUAUUUGAAAUGCUACAAAUGGGUUGCAAAUGUUUCAGAUAUCUUGACUGCAAUAAAUCAUCAAAUUGUAA